UAGAAUAAUAAUGGAGUACUCAGCAGGGAGGAGAAUAUGCAAUGGGCUGCAUGAUGCUAAACCUGUGCUUCUUAUGGCUUUGGUUCAAUCGGUUUAUGCUGGAGUUAAUGUUCUCUACAAAUUAGCUGUUAAUGAUGGAAUGAAUUUGAUGAUCCUUAUCGCUUUUCGUUUCUUGUUUGCAUCACUUUUCAUGCUUCCUCUGGCCUUCUUUCUCGAAAGAAACAAAAGACCCAAGAUGACAUGGUCCUUUCUCUUCUAUGGAUUUUUUUGUGGAUUAUUUGGAGGAACAUUAAGUCAAAAUUUAUACGUUCAGAGUCUGGCGAUGACGUCAGCAACAUUUGUUUCAGCCAUGCAAAAUCUCUGUCCAGCCAUUACUUUCCUUCUUGCUCUCUCCUUCAGGAUGGAAAAGUUAAAGAUAAAGAAGAAAGAAGGGGUUGCGAAAGUGUUGGGAACGUUAAUGGGGAUUGGUGGAGCCAUGAUUCUCACUUUCUACAAAGGCUUUGAGAUUAACAUUUGGACAACCCACGUUGACCUUCUCCAUGGACGAAACGUGUCUCAUCUUCCUCCUCAUUCUCACUCUCACUCUCACUCUCACAAUCUUUUGCUUGGAAGUGUGCUUGCUCUUGCUAGUUGCCUCUCUUACUCUUUCUGGCUCAUCCUUCAGGCGAAAAUGAUGAAAAUAUAUCCGUGCCAGUACUCAAGCACGGCGUUGAUGUGCGUUAUGGGAGCAAUUCAAGGUGUGGCCAUUUCUAUUUGUACGGAAAGGGACUGGAAGCAGUGGAAAUUAGGUUGGAAUAUUAGACUUCUCACCGUCACAUUUGCGGGGAUUGUGGGUACGGGAGCGACGGUGACGAUAACGGCGUGGUGCGUACGUAUGAAAGGCCCCUUGUAUGUAUCUGUUUUCAGCCCUCUCAUGCUUCUCAUUGUAGCUAUUGCCGGAUCUCUCUUUCUUGAUGAAAAAUUGCAUCUUGGCAGUGUAGUAGGAGCAAUGUUGAUCGUAUGUGGUUUAUACAUGGUAUUGUGGGGCAAAAGCAAAGAGAUGAACAAGUGCCUUCAACUGACACCAUCUGAAAGCAUAGGACAACUUGCGUUGAAAGACGUUGCGGUGACCACUCCUAACCCUCUAAAUGAAAACCAAAUUCAAGACACCAAUGCCAACAAGAGCACUAUCAAUUAAAUUUAUGAAGUCUUACUAUAUAUUCUAGUUUUAUGUCUUACUUUUUUCUAGACUAUUCUCCCUUUUCAUCUUUAAACUUUAUUUGAAAACCUGUUUUAUGUAGCACAAUUAAGAAUAUAUCCGACUAAUUAAUAUCACAUAUUCUGUAUUUGCUUUAA